AUGUGCAAAGAAAGUCGAGAUCAAAGUAAAAUAAAAAAAUUGCCAGUCGUCACAAAUUCAACUAUUGAAUUGGUUGAACAACCUGAAAGCCUUGACCAUGAUAAUAUUUGGAAAAUAGAUACCUGUAACACUGAACGUAUCGAGGUUGAUUGUCUUGACCUAACUGAUCAGUUAACUAAAAUUAUUAGUUGA